AUGACAAAUGUAAAUACAAAUCGAUUGAAAACUUUAUUUUUACCACAUGGUCUUGUCUAUUCUAUUUUGAGUUUAGUAAUCAUUUGUCUUACUGUUUUAACUAUUGUUUAUUCUAUUUUAUGGCGUAAUACAAAAACUUCUUCAAGUAUUUAUUCAAUUGAAAAUGGAAUUAUUGGUCAUCGUUUUAUUUUACCUAAUGAUGGUAGAUAUGUUCAAUGGAAUUUUUUACAAAUGAAUGAUGUUUAUGAAUUAUUACCACUUGACAGAGGACGAAAAGGUGGUUUAGCACGUGUUGCUUAUAUACGAAAAUUAUUAAAACAAGAAAAUUCAAAUACUUAUACAAUUCUUGCCGGUGAUUUUCUUUCUCCAUCAGCUCUAAGUUUAUCAAUAGUUAAUGGUACAACUUUGAAUGGAAAACAAAUGAUUGCAGUAAUGAAUAUUCUUGGAGUUGAUUAUGUAAUAUUUGGAAAUCAUGAAUUUGAUUUAAACGAAAAAGAUUUACUUACUCGAAUGAAUGAAUCAAUAUUUACUUGGAUUAGUACAAAUGUAUUUCGUCAAGAUAAUAAUCAAUUAUUUGGAUCAAGUAUUUCUCAUAAAAUACUUAUUAUUGAUACUGUUCGAAUUCUACUUAUUGGUUUAACUAUUGAUGGAACUGGUAAAUAUGUUCGAAUAAUUAAUCAAUCAUCAUUAAUUAAUUAUGUUCAAGAAUAUUUAAAAUUAUUACCAAAUGACACAUAUGAUGUAUUUAUUGCUAUUACUCAUCUUGAUAUGGCAACAGAUAUUGAACUUGCAUCAAAAAUUCCUCAACUUAAUCUUAUUAUGGGUGGACAUGAACAUGAUAAUUUUAAUUAUUUAAGAGGAACAAACUAUAUACCAAUUAAUAAAGCAGAUGCAAAUGCUUUUACUGUUUUUAUACAUCGUUGUGCUUAUAAUAUAGACACAAAACGUUUUCGUAUUUAUAGUACAUUAGCACAAGUAACAUCUGAAGUACCAAACGAAGAAAACACAGCAGAAAUAGCAAGUUAUUGGUUUAAUUUAGGUAUACAAGGAUUUCAAACAUUAGGUUACAAUCCAAAUGCAAUUGUAUCAUGUUUACCUACGGGUAUAGAAUUAGAUGGUAGAUCUGUAUCUGUUAGAAGUCAUAUAACACUUUUAACUUCUGAGAUUUGUGAAAGUAUGUUAGAAUUAACAGCAACAUAUAAAACAACUAUUGGAAUUGUUAAUGGAGGAACAGUACGUAUUGAUGAUAUUCUUCGUGAAACUAUUUCAGAAUAUGAUAUUAUACGUACAUUACCUUUUAUAAAUCGAGUCGUAGCUCUUUCUGUUCCUGGUCAAAUACUUGCUCAAGUUCUUACAACUGGUCUGUCAUUAAAAGGAAAUGGAAUGUUUAUGGCUUAUACGAGAGUUGAAACAUUAGAUGAAGGUAAAACAUGGUUAUUCAAUGGAACAGAUAUAUCAAAAACUGGUCUUUCUUAUAAUGUAGCAACAUUAGAUUAUAUACGCGAUAAUACAGCAUUAAAUCAUUCCGAUGUUAAUACAUUAUAUGACACAAAUAUAACGCAUACAAGAGCUUUAUUGGGAUAUCUAAAAAGGAAAUAUCCUCCUUGUUAG